AUGUUGCGAAAAGGUAGCAUCCAUGAUCGAAAUGCAUCCCGAAUACAUGUUCGCGCCCUUGUGCUUACCGAUGGGCUACGUGGGGUCUGGGAAAAGGUCAAAGUGCUUAGCGGGGGACGGCUGUCAGUUGGCCUUAUUAUGACUCCAUAUCUGAAAGCCACAUUAGGAAUAGGUCUGCGCGACCGUUGCAACUGUUAUGUUUGGGCAUUUAGGGAUAGUCCAUUGGAUCUGGGUAUGCCGAAGGCUGCAAACGAAGCUGUUGUCGUCACGGGCGAAGAGUCAACAAGAAUUAUCAGCAUGGACGACGCUCUGGCAAAAAGUAUCGGAACAGACGGGGUCCGGCCAUGUCAGGUUGUUCUUCCCUCCCAUGUAACCCCUCGCCUUGACGUAUCUCGGCUACUUUUGAUCUACUUGGCUGAUCGGUUCUUGUUCGAUUCCAUUUUUGUCCGACGUAAAAACCUUCAUGUUGCCCAUACCACCGACCACUAUGCAGCCAAAUUGCUAAUGAUGCCAAUGCGUGACGCGACUAUUUCUGGCCCCGCACUACGAGAUGCUCAUCGCCGAUUAUGCCCUUAUAUUCUGGGGGUUGAGACAUGCCCAAUUGAUCAUGUCCAAGGUCAUCGGACGGAUGGUUACCGGAUCUCUCAUGAAAAGGAAAUUUUGAUCCUACCCCUGAUGCGUAGUGGUGAACCGAUGGCUCUUCGCGUUAAUGAUGCCAUGCCCCUUGCCAUGCUGCUUCACGCGACAAAUCCAAGUGAUAUUCAACCCAAGCACAUUUUCAAUUGCAAUACGACUUUGCUCGUGGAUUCGGUGGUGAGCAGUGGCAAACUAAUACUGCAUUUUGUGCGCCAUAUUCGACACAUCUAUGCCAUUAUUCGCAUCGUUGUAAUUACAGGUGUAAUCUAA